AUGUCGAAAGCUGUAGAUCCGGAAACGAUCUCCAAUUUCCUCGCCGAGCAGCGAGAUGAGGCUCCCGCAGACAUUCAGCAUCUAUUCCUAACGUUUGAGGACCUAUGGGAGCGCAAACUAUGGCAUCAGCUUACAGAUCAAUUACUGGAAUUUUAUUCUACGCCCGAAAGCAAAUCACAGCAAUUGCCAAUCUACAACACCUUCAUCAUCAGUUUCGCGGACAAGAUCAACCAGUUGAAGUUGGUCAAAUUGGCUCUGGUUGCCUCUGAACAAUGCCAGAAUGACGACGAGCGAAGAGAAUUUCUCGAAGCCCUUGCGAAGCGCGUGGACACGCCAGAGUCCGAAGAAGCCCACGUUUAUGCUACCACAGAGCUAGCAAGCGUCUACCUGAGAUUGGAUGAAGCAGUCAAGGCUCGAGAUCAACUAGAUCAAGCACAGAAGACGCUUGACAAAUUCGACUUUGUGGAAAACGUUGUUCAUGCCUCUUUCUACCGUGUCAACGCCGACUACUUCUCUACCAAGGGCGACUACACUUCCUACUAUCGCAACUCACUCCUCUAUCUCGCUUGUAUAUCCGAUUCCGACCUAAACUCUGAACAGCAGCAGCACCGGGCCUAUAACCUCUCGAUAGCAGCUCUGGUGUCGAAUGAGAUCUACAACUUCGGCGAGCUGCUGCUGCAUCCAAUUCUAGAUGCUCUCAAAGCCCCUCAUUCUCAGUCAUGGCUAAGAGACCUGCUUUUCGCCUUCAACCGAGGAGACCUGGCUACAUUUGACCGCUUGUCAAAUAAUCUUGGUAAAGACGAACAGCUUGCCUCGCACAAGCAGUUCCUCUACCAGAAGAUCUCUCUGGCUGCGUUGACAGAGCUGGUCUUCAAAAGACCACCUCACGAUCGAGCCAUGACCUUCGACACCAUCAGUCGUGAGACUCAGGUCAAGCCAGAUGAGAUUGAGCAUCUCAUCAUGAAAGCUCUGAGUCUCGGUCUGCUGCGAGGAAAGAUUGAUCAGGUAGCUGGGAUCGCGAAGAUCAACUGGGUCCAACCCAAGGUUCUCGAGCGGAGCCAGAUUGAAGGUAUGAGAGUGCGGUUGAAGGAGUGGGAUAGCAAUGUCAAUGACUUGGGUCAUUGGAUUGAGGGUGUUGGCAAAGAUGUCUGGGCGUCUUAG